AUGUUGGACUUAACGGGAGAUAAGGAUAAGCCUUUGGAUACGAGCCCUGACUAUAAGAGUGAGAAGUAUAGGGAAAUACAGGCACCGGAAAGGGUGGAUAAAUGUAUAAAUAAGUUUUCUGCCCUUACAAUGGAUGAGCUGAUGGCUCAGUGUAUACUGUUUUUUAUAGCCGGGUAUCAGACAACAACAUCAGCUUUGUCAUUUUGUCUCUAUAAUAUUGCUAAAUAUCCGGUGGUUCAAGGGAAAUUGUACCAGGAGUGCAAAAAGUAUUGCGAUCAAUUU